CAGUAUUGUCUCAUGCAGAAGAAGGUUAGACAAUGGUGUGCAUUGCAUGAUGAGUUCAGCCUGGGGACCUGCUAUUUUUAUUGUCUUUUCUACAAGUUCUGAUGAAACAUCUCACUCAGAUUUUUAAACAACAUGUGAUGCUAUCGGUGUCAUUAUGGCAAAUGACAGUUCAUCUGAUACAAACCAGUCCCAACUUGAAAUCGGACACACCAUUUUAAUCUACAUCUACGCCGUUACCGUUUUCUUCAUGGUUGUACUUGGAUGCCUUUGCCUAAACAAGUAUCGGUCAAUGAAGAAGGUCAUAUGGGAGCUAAGGCAAAAAAGGCCGUCUGUCCCCCAGAUUCCUUCCCAAGAUUCUCCACCUCCAUCUCCCAAUGUCCUGAAUAUUCCUGCACUGCCUGACCGUAUUACAGAGAGCCCAUUACAGAGACAACCAACUAAAUCGAGCUGCAGAUUUCCCUGGAAGCCUCCACUACAGGUUCCUCGGUUCACAAAGGCAGACCUAAACCUUAUUCAGCUCAUAAAGGCAGGUCGAGAAGGAGUCUUCUACAAGGCAAGGAUAAUGAGGGGCACAUGUAGAGGCCAUUCACUGGUCACUUGCAAAAUUGGAAAAGAAGGUAUCACCUCAAAGCAGAUGGAAAAUGAGGUGUCUAUUAUGAGAAAGCUGGCGUAUCAUAAAAAUGUGAUGCAGCUGCUGGACUGGAAUACAGCAGAAGAGCCGUAUAUGCUGAUCAUGGAUUUCAUGAGCUACGGAACCCUGCGCAGUUUUGUUCAGAAAAACCAAGAUGAGCUAAUUGUCGACCCUGAACUGCAGAGCCAGUUCACCAUUGCGUCCUACCACAUCGCCCUGGCCAUGGAGCACUUACGCUCCAAAAUGGUGGUGCACUGUGACCUUGCCUUAAGGAACAUUCUGGUGAGCCGAUUCCCAUGGGAGGUGAAGGUAACAGAGUUUGGCCUGGCCAGAGACUUGACCCGUAUGAGGAGCAGACGCAGCAGCAGGAAAAAACAACACAAGGAGCGUGUGCCGCUGCGCUGGUAUCCUCCAGAGUACUUCAGGAACAACUACUACAGCUUUAAGGGAGACGUCUGGGCGUUUGGUAUUGUGCUGUGGGAAAUGCAGACAUUCGGCACCUUGCCAUAUCCAAGUCUGAACACAUCUGAGGAAGUGGUGUAUAGUAUCUGUGCUGGACGCAAGAACACUGUGCCCAACACCUGCCGUCCGGAAAUAGAACAGAUCAUGCAAGACUGCUGGAUGGAUCCAUACACAAAUAGACCUUCAUUUACAGACAUUGUCAAGAUCCUGGAGAGUGUGGUGGAGAGUGAUGGGGAUUAUGUGGACGUUGACAACCAAAGGAUCAUGAAUGCAGAGGAAAAGUGAAUU